GGAUCAUGGCUGCUGCUGAAACGCUGAAUUCUUUUAACGCCUUCCUCACGGACAGGCUGACCGCUGCUGCCGUGGAAAUCUAUGGUUUCGUUGAAAAGACGGUGGUUCAGUACCAGGAGGAGGUCUACCGAACCCAGCUGGAGAACCAGAGGCUGCAGCGGCUGCUGGAUCUGGUCUACAAGCCGGAGAUCAGGCUCCUCAGGGCGGAUGCCAAGGCUCCUACUGUCACCACGUCCACAGAGGAAACGCCUCCAAAGCCGCGGGAGUCGAGUUUGGAUGAGCCAGGGCCUGCAGAGGUCAAAGAGGAAGAGCUGUGGGGCGACGGCACGAAGGAGGAGGCAUCCACGGAGGACAGUGAUGACGGUGACGCUUUGACCAGAGAGCUGAUCAAAACUGUGCAGCAGUUGGAGGACUGCAGGGCGGCAGAGGAACGCAGCGAGCCACAGCAGGCUUCUCCAAAGGAGCCCGAGCUGGAGGAGAAGACCACCACCACUCUGUACCGCUGCCACAUCUGCAACUACAUCUUCACAAAAAAGAUAGUGUUGACGUGGCACCUCAAGAUGCACGAAAACAAGUCCAAAGACGGCAAGGCCAACUUCACCUGCCACAUCUGUGGGAAGCACAUCCCCUGUCAGAGCAACCUGCAGAACCACAUGAGGGUCCACACCGGGGAGAGGCCCUACAGCUGCCUUUACUGCGGAAAGGGCUUCAAGCUGAAAGGACACAUGACUGAACACCUGAGGACACACACGGGCGAGAAGCCCUUCAGCUGCCACAUCUGUGACAAGUCCUUCAACCGCGGCUCCACCCUGAGGAAGCACGUUCUGGCCAGGCACAAAGAGGUGCGGCCGUACAGGUGCGAGCACUGCUACGAGUUAUUCACAGAGAAGCUGCUGAUGAAGAGACAUAUUGCCAAGGUCCACGACAUCAAACAGCCAUCUCCUGGUCAGAGCCAUGCCUGACUCCCCAUAGUGUUGAAAGAGCGUGUUUAAUACCCCCAACCUUUCUCAGUGGGACUUUAAUGACUUUUCUUACGCUUAUGUUGAUGUUUUCCUGUCUUCAGUGUUUUCUUAUAUAACUGGUACUUAGAAUAUCGCCCCUUGUUACCCCCUGUACAGCUACACCACGCACCAUCAGGAUGAAAGACGGCCUGAUCAAAAAAAACCUCACACGGCUGGAAAAUCGGCAUGAAAAGUGCAAACAUUCGAACAGGGUUCUUCUUAUUGAUGUUAAUAAUACUAAUAAUGCUAAUAAUAUCUUUUUCCCAAUUAGUUUAUCUAAUUAGGAUAGUUCCUCUGUCAGAAUAAAAAGUCAUUAUUAUGAACUAGACAAAGGUUUGGGAAUGAGAGUGGUGUCCUUGAU